CAAAGCUGUUUUCCCUCGACCCCCACACCACCCUGUCAGCCCCGAGACAAACUGCCGUUGGAUAAGGUAGAACUGUUCCGCAGGUAUCCUCUGCUGAGGAUCCUAUUCUAUUUCCAUACUUGAUACUCAUCCUUUGGACCUGAACCCGCCUUUGACUCAGGCAGUCAUGGUUACUCCAGUGUUCUCCAUACUGGGCUACAUCUACUCUCUGAGCCUCCUUCCUCUGCUGCUGCCUGGUUCCAGCCAGGGCAGUCCCAUCAUGUCACCUGAGGAGUUUCGAAGGGGCCCUGGGGCUAGAGGUCUGGUGGAUACCUCCAUGUUGGAGCAGAAUGAAGACCUGGACAUGCAGGACUUUCAGGGUCAGUUUCUGUCCACAUUGAACCUCACAGAGCUGGGCCCCUGGCCAAGGCCCCGUGAGGCCCGUAAAGAGCCACCAGAAUACAUGCUGGAACUGUACAACCGCUUUGCCAACGAUCGCACGGCCAUGCCCUCUGCCAACAUAGUGCGUAGUUUCAAGAAUGAAGAUUCCUCCUUCUACAGUGUGACGGUCAGGGGCGUGAGGACACACCCCCUGCUGUUCAACAUCUCCAUCCCCCACCACGAGCACAUCCUCACCGCUGAGCUCCGCCUCUACACCCUGGUCCAGAGGGAUCGCAGAUGCUACGCCGGCCUUGAUCGCAAGGUGACCAUCUACAAGAUCCACGAGGGGGGGCACUGGAGGAAAGAAGAGGGGAGGGACGAAAGAAGGUAUGAGCAGGAGACAGACAAAAUGGAGGAAAUGGAGGUGCUGGCAACCCGGCAAAUAUAUGGUAAAGACGAUGCCUGGAUUACCUUUGACCUGACUCAUCAGGUCAACCUUUGGUGUAAGGCAGAGAGCUCCGCCCACCGACUGGAGGUCCACAUUGCAAGUCUGGGUUCUGAUGGUGGGAAGACCCCCCAGGUCAGAGAAGAGGAUGGAAGGAAAGAGUUGGUCGAUGUGGAUGUUGACAUGGGCUCAGAUGGUAAACACAUGCCAGUGGUGAUUGUGUUCUCAGAUGAUCAGAACAGAGACCAUCGUGAGGAGGACAAGCGGGAGCUCAACCAGUUUACAGAACAUGAGAAUGACCUGCCGGCUGACCUGGAGCCAAGUCCACAGGUGAAUUGGGUAGACCAGGCUGGGAGCGAUGCUAGGAACACUGAUGGAGAGGAGCUGUAUGAGGAGACUCUCAUGCAACUGCACUCCAACCUCAUUUAUGACACGCUUCCCCGAAUCCGCCGCAACACCAAGGGUGACCCCUGUAAGAAGAACCCUCUCUAUGUGGAGUUUAAGGACAUUGGCUGGGAUACUUGGGUCAUACAGCCCCUGGGCUAUGAAGCCUAUGAGUGCAAUGGUGUAUGCAGCUACCCCAUGACCUCUGAGGUCUCGCCUACCAAGCACGCCAUUGUCCAGAGUCGGCUGAGCAGUAAGAUUCCACAGAAGGCGUCACCAGCCUGCUGUGUUCCCACCAAGCUAGAGCCCAUCUCACUCCUUUAUGUCGAGGACGGAGGAGUGGUCACCUACAUGCACAAGUACGAGGGCAUGGUGGUGUCAGAAUGCGGCUGUAGAUAAUCAUAGAACUGACUGUAGGUUCAGGAGAGAGGUAUAGAGACUGUGGAUUAACGUAGACUGAGUGGUCAUCAAUUUCACUAUCAAGAAGAAAAUCAGAUCAAAAGUGCCUAUUUGAAAAUAAUACAUUUCUGCAAUCAUUAAGGAUACUUGCUUUGUGAGCUAUUAGCAGACAUAUAGUGUAAACAGAAUGCAUACAGUAAACCAUAUUAAGGACAUGAAUCAUUUCUAUAUCUAUAUUUUGCAGCAUCAACUACAUUGUAUGACAAAGAUAAACAGUGGAGGCGUAAAUAGGAAGAUGACAGAGCAAGAGGGUCCUGCCUGUAUGUGCAUUCAAUUAUGUACAUUUGCCAUUUGUAAAAGUACAUUUCUUAUUAUAUUGAGAUUAUAUAAAUGCUAUUUUACAAUGCCAGCAAUAUAAUUAUUUUUUUUUAAGAAAAAAAAAGUGAAAUGUGAAUAUCAUGCUGUUCUUUGUAGUUUGUGAUCAUACAUUUGACUUUCAUUUUGGCGAUAUUGGUAUGUACCGUCAGAUAUACACAAAACCUUGUUGGUUUAAGUAGCUCUUGGUUUAAAUGGUUGGUCCUGUAUGGCUUAGUUGGUAGAGUAUGGCGCUUACCAGGUCAGUAUUGUGGGUUUGAUUCCUGUGUCCACCCAUAUGUAAAAUGUAUGCACGCAUGACUCUUAAGUCGUGUCUGCUAAAUGGCAUAUAUU